AAAUAAGCCAAAACAAUGAGUUUGAAAGCAGUUAUCAUAAUAUUGGUCUUAAGCAAAUCUAGUAAGAGUGCAAAAACACCAUUGAACGAGAAUGACGUAAAGGACAAUGAAAUCAAAUACAAUGACUUGGAUGAACAUACACUAGUAACUGAUGCAGCUAUAUUCCCUUACGUGGCAGCUGUUCUGAAGAUGUCCAGGUAUCUAAGUGCUGGUGCUCUGAUAGACGAGAAUUGGGUGCUAACUGCUGCCGAUGCUUUGUUUCUGAUGCGAGAAUCAACAAGGAUGCUCCGAGUCAGACUCGGCAGUAUAAACUACAGGAAAGGUGGUACAGUGCUGCCGAUAAAGUACGUGGAGAUCCACCCAUACUUCGAUGAUAGCCAGCCCAUUUAUGACCUGGCUCUGAUCAGGAUCCCUGAACCUGUGAGGUUUACUCCAAGUCUCAGAUCUAUAAGAUUGCUGAAGGCCUUCAAAGAGGUUGAUGCUACGCAUUUCAUUGUGACUUCUUGGCCGUUUCCUAUUUCCCAACAAGGCGAAGUGACAUCAGACGAAUCGGACCAAAUAAAAUCGAUGGAGCUAAUCAAACAGAGACGGAUCCUCUCAGUCACACAUCUACAUCCAUCAGAUGCUGAUGCCUGCGCUGAAGAACUGACUUCUUUAGGAGUUAAUGACACAGAAGCGAUGAUGUGUUUGGAUACUGGAGUUAUGGUCGAUCCUUGCUCGAGAGACGCAGGAGCACCAGUAGUACUGAAUGGUGUGCUGUGGGGUGUAGUAUCAUCUUGGAGACCAGCGAACUGCGAGCCAGAACAAGCAGGACCAAGCUUCGUGACGUUAGUCUCGGCUCCUAAUGUCGACUCCUGGAUACACGACACUGUAGACGGACACAAGUGGGUCGAUAGAAGUGAUGAGGAAUAAAAUUGUUGUUGUUUUUAUGGGAUAACCCUGUAAACGAGCAGACGGAUCACCUGAUGGUAAGCAAUCGACGUCGCUCA